AUGGAGAGUUUAGAGUUGAAGUUUGACAGCGCAUGUGAUUGUUGGGUGUUGGAGCCCAUUGAAGGCUUCAAACCAAGACCCUCAAAUCCAACCUCUACCAACAGACCCUCCACUGAUACUUUGCCAUCAUCAAUACCUUCACCAACUAGCAAUUCUGCACCACCAUUGCAACCACUUCCAAGAAGUGGCUUGUCUUCUCCCACUUACUUCAAUCUCCGUGGUUUACGAAAGCCUAGUCAAGGAAGGUUUCGCAAGAUUGUGAUUCGGUUUUGGAAAUGUAUCAAGCCAAGAAUUCAAUCAAGUCCUGCAAAAAAAGCGAAACAAGGAAUGAAGCCUGGUGGUGCCUCAACCAAGACAAGAAGCAGUGUGCAGUCACCACAGGCACAUCAUGCUGAGUAUUAUUCCACAAUGAGCCCCGAUGAGCGCGAUGAAAAUCUAAAGGCGAUCAUCAUCUACUGCAGGAAGUCUAAUUCUACAGAGUCUACAGAAGUGAUGGCAGAAAACUGA